CAAAAACUGCGUCAAUUAUUUGAUGAUGAUAGUACUACCAGCGCUAUCUCGCCUCGCGUUUUGCAGUUUAGUACGCCGCCGCUACGUAUUUGCAUGUUAUUUUGAUACAACAGCCCAAAGGUACAAUUUCCGUUCUCUGGUGUUCUGUGGCCAGAUCAUGGGGGACGGGUGCAGCAGGAACGCGACGGCGACACCUGUUGCAUCGGUGACGCGGAUUGAAUCAUUCAGCGCCUCGCAUCGCUUGCACAGCCCAUCCCUUUCAGAUGCUCAAAAUGCUGCCAUUUUUGGAAAGUGCAACAACCCAAAUGGUCAUGGUCACAACUACAAAUUGGAAGUCACAGUCACUGGCCCUGUGGACACAGCCACAGGAAUGGUAAUCAACAUCAUAGACCUGAAGAAAUUAUACAGUCCUGUGCGAGCUUUGGGCAGUGCCCAAAUCAUUCUGUAUGCAUUGUGUACUUGCAGUGACAGUGCAUGGUGCAGUAUAACGAAUUCCGCUAUGCAAACAAGGACCAACAUGCAUUGUCUAAAACAUGUAUGGCCAUUGCAGAGUGAAGUGAUGGAUGCUCUUGAUCACAAGAAUUUGGACAAAGAUGUGCCAUACUUUCAGAGAGCAGUCAGCACAACAGAAAAUGUAGCAGUGUUUGUCUGGCAGCGGCUGCACAAGGUGCUGCCCAAGGAGCUGCAGCUUUGUGUGCGGUUGCACGAGACGGACAAGAAUGUAGUGACGUACGAAGGACUGUGAAGCUGUUGACACACGCUUGCUGUACUGCAGUCGUCCUUUGGCAUGGAAAAAUAGUAGUUUCAUAUCUAAGCCUCUUUAUCCUGAAAAUUGUAUGCAGCUCCUAUUACACCGGUCACACUUCUAUGUCGCUAGGUAGAGUCCCUAGCUAUUGCUUGAAGAAAUAAAUCGCAACAAAACAUA